UUUUUUUUUUUGGAGCAAAUUUUGACAAGACGACAGCUUCAAUAGGUUUUUUUUUCGAGAAAAAUAUAAGGAAUUAAAUAAAGUUUGGAAAACGAAAAAGAAUGUCAACUACACAUCAACAUCGAUAUAAAAAUGCUGGAUUAGAUUCCGAAAUGCGAAGAAAAAGGGAGGAAGAAGCAAUCCAGCUGCGGAAACAAAAACGUGAACAGCAACUAAUUAAACGGCGUAAUGUAGAUAUUCCAAUAGAAAUGGAUAGCGACUUGUCUCAUGAAGAGGAAAUGCAAGCAUCGCAAAAUCAAUCUGUUAUUAAAAAGGAAAUGAUUGAGCAGCUAUAUAGCAAUUUUGAAGCCGAGCAGUUAAGUGCUACCCAGAAAUUUCGGAAGCUUCUUUCAAAAGAUCCAAAUCCGCCUAUUGAAGAAGUUAUUCAAACUGGAAUAGUUCCACGAUUUGUUAGUUUCUUGAAGAAUAAUAAUAAUUGCACUUUACAGUUUGAAGCAGCGUGGGCUUUAACAAACAUUGCAUCUGGUACUCCUCAUCAAACACGUAUGGUUAUUGAAGCUGGAGCUGUUCCGGUUUUUAUUGAACUGCUCUCAAGUCCACAUGAAGAUGUUUUGGAACAGGCUGUUUGGGCACUUGGUAAUAUCGCUGGCGAUUCCCCGGCCUGCCGUGAUUUACUCUUAAAUGAGGGAAUUUUGAUGCCUCUAUUACAGGUUUUAAGUAACCAGGAACGAUUAACAAUGACUCGUAAUGCAGUUUGGACUCUGUCAAAUUUGUGUAGAGGUAAAAAUCCGCCUGCAGAUUUCACAAAAGUUGUUAAAGGAUUGCCUAUUUUGGCACAACUACUUAAUAAUACUGAUCCAGAUGUUUUAAGUGAUACAUGUUGGGCUAUCAGUUACUUGUCUGAUGGACCAAAUGAUAAAAUUCAAGCUGUCAUUGACGCGGGCGUGUGUAGACGAUUAGUAGAACUAUUAACACAUCAUCAAAAUAAUGUUGUAACAGCAGCUUUACGAGCUGUUGGAAACAUCGUAACAGGAGAUGAUAUUCAAACUCAAGUGAUUUUAAAUUGUAAUGCAUUACCAUGCAUAAGACAAUUAUUAACUUCGCAAAUGGAAGCAAUUAAAAAAGAAGCAUGUUGGACAAUAUCAAACAUAGCAGCUGGAAAUAGAGAACAAAUUCAAGCUGUAAUAGAUGCAAAUAUUUUCCCUUUAUUGAUGAACAUACUUCAAACUGCUGAUUUCAAAACUAGAAAAGAAGCUGCUUGGGCUGUAACUAAUGCCACAAGUAGCGGGACAAUACCGCAAAUUAAGUAUUUGGUACAAGUGGGAUGUAUUCCGCCAAUGUGUGAUUUCCUAACAGUUAAUGAUUCCGAUAUUGUUCAAGUUACAUUAAAUGGUCUAGAGAAUAUAUUAAAAGCUGGCAAAAAAAUUGAAACUCGACCAAAUCCUUUUGCAAUUAUUAUUGAAGAAUGUGGAGGUCUAGAUAAAAUAGAGUAUUUGCAAUCUCAUGAAAAUAGGGAUAUAUAUCAUAAAUCUUUUUAUAUAAUUGAGCAAUUCUUUAGUAAUGAAGAUGAAGAACAAGCUCGAAUUGCACCAAUAACAGAAAAAAAUCAAUAUAGUUUCAACCCAGACUCAGCUGCACCAAGUGGAGGAUUUACAUUUUAAUAGAUAACAAUAGCAUUAACAUUAGAUCUAAAAAAAAAAAGGAAGGAAAACAAAAGAAAAAACAGAAUCAUUUGAUUUUUCAAUUAAAUACAUAAAUGAUUAUAUAAAAAAAAAAGAAAAAAUUAAAUGAAAAAAAUUUUUAAUCUGUAUUUAUUAAAACAGCAUUAAAAUGUUAAAAAUAAAAUUAACUUUUUUGUUAAAAGACGCAAAUCAAAGUUAAUGUCUAUAAAUUUUUUCUUAUAAAACAUAAAGCUAAUAACUUUAUUAUAGAACAAGCAUUUUGGUUUGCAUUGUAAAUUUUAUAUUUUUGUUCCUUUGAACUUUUAUUUUUUCAAAAAUGCUCUUUUUCCCUAGUAAAUGCUUAUAAUUUUUGCUUGUUUUCCUUUUUUAAUUUGAAAAGAAUAAAAUUUUAACUUUGUAUAAAAAAAAAUGUACUAUAUUGUAAAUGCCAAAAAAGAAAAACACUAAUCAUUUUUUUUUUUUGUGUAAAUUAUCUUUUUUGUGAUAAUUUUGAAAAAAGUUUUUAAUGAGAAUUUUAAGAAAGCGAACCUUUUAAAUAUAUAAGGAAACUUAUAUACUUGAUUUGUUUCCAUUACACUUAAAAUCGAACAAAAAUUAUUUAAUUAGGUUUUAUUUUUUUUAACUUUCAAUAAAAUCAAUUCAUUAUUUUUCUUUAAUAAUAUUUGUU